AUGAGUUUCCAUACAAUAGAAACACUAGAAACCGCAUAUUGUAGUAACGAACAGUUAGUUAAUUCAUUAGAAAGAAUAGAAGAGAAUGUAAGAGUAUUUAAAAAUAGUCCAAAUACUACAGAACUUCCAUUGAUAAAAAAAUUAAUAGGAUCUGAUGAACCUACAAUAAUAUUUAUUAUUGACACAUUAUUCCCAAUUGAAUACCAAAUGAAAAUACUACAAAGGAUACAAUGUAUUAUUAGGAUUUGUCAACAUUCAAUUGAACAAAUUAUGAUGAUUAUUUAUAAUAAUAAUAAAAUUGAAGUUGAAUUAUUUUUAAAAAACGAAAUUGAUCAACUCAAAACAAAAAUUCAUAAAUUAUUCAAUGAAAAUGUUUUUUCAUUGAAUACACCAAAUGCCUUUGUUAAUAGAGCCCUUAGUUCUUGUGUUCCAAUAGAAAAUAAUGGUGGUAAUAUUUUUGUUAUUCAUUUUGGUUAUCGUAAAGGCGUAGAAAAUCUUGAAGAAAUAAAUUGUGUCCCUCACGACUUAGAGUAUGAAAGAACAUUUGAUAAAAUUGCAUUAUUGGGAUAUGACUAUUGGUUGUAUUUUACUAAUAAAUGUCCUGAACUGAAACAGUUAAUUAUAAAACGAAGUCAUGGUCAUAUCACAGAAAAUAAAUGUAUUGAAAUGACUGAGGAUUAUAUAAUUAAUGAAAUAAGUGAAAACCUAAUAAAAAAUAUUCAUCAAAUAUGUGGAGUAACGUUAGUUAUUGAUAAUGACUAUUUAAAUUAUGACACAUUAUUUAGUGCGUUUGGGUGUUGUGAAACAAUGAACAUAGAACAUCAUAAUAUAACUAUUACUAAUGAAAAUAGUUAUAAUCAAGGAAGUUGGGAAGUUAAUUCAGGAAUAAUUGAUAACAUUAGUCCAAUAGAACUCCUUCAAUUCAGAGAAAUGAAAGGAAGAAUUACUGAUUUCUAUGUUCAACGUACAGAAGUAGAAGCAAUUACUAAAAGAAUUAUUAAUGAGAUCAAUGGGAUAUUAAAAAACCAAAUGUUUUCUGUAGAUUUCGGUAAAAUCUUUAUUGGAAGUGAUGAGAUUCAAUCUGGUUCAGUAUCAUUAACUCAAUUAAAAAGGUUUUCUAAAGGAAUUCCAAAGUGGUUCAUAAGAAAAAAAUAUGAAAAUGAAGAAAUAGAAAUGUUUGGAUUACUAAAACACAAUGUUUUUAAACAAAAUACAUAUCUUGAAUCAUUUUUUACUUUUGUCACUCAUUAUUCAUUCUUUAGAACAGCCAAACGAUUAAUUCUAUUUGAUUUUGUAACUAAAACGAUUGAAAAUAAACAAUUUAUUAUUAAUGACUGUCAUAUUGUUCAUGAAAGUCUUCGUUUUAAUCAAAUUUUAUCAAAUGGAUUAAAUUAUAAAGAAGUGGUAAAUUCGUUAAAAGAUCAUUCAUGCACUGAUCUAUGUCGAUUAGCCCGUUUACCAAUUCUUUAA